AUGGAUAACUUGUGGUUGCAUGCCUACAAUUUAAACAAGUGGAUUACAUUGGAUAAUAUAAUGGAUUUCGAUUGCAUUCAUAUCGAUUUGACAUCAUUCUCAUUCACGUCAUCUGAUAUGAAUAGAUAUUUGAAAGCAUGGAUAAAUGGAUGCAAUUAUCGAAUGAAACUUCUCAUAGGACCUGCCGUGUUUGAAGAUGGAACGAACAUACGUAGUAAAGAUGGAAGACGAGCAACAUUCAAACAAAUAAUAGAUAGAGAUUAUCUCGAUUCAGAACGACACUUCCCGUUCAAAAUGGUGGUGUGGCCGGCGGAUGAUCAAUAA